AUGUUGCCCUAUAAACUGCCAGAACACGAAGCAACAUUUCAUCCUCCAUCUUUCAGCAGUUCUGAUAGAUGGCAAUCGUCAUCUUGGUGUCGAAGUCCACCCAUCCCUCAAGGACCAACCUCUAUUCAGGAACAUCACUCCUUUCACAAUAAUCAUACCAAUAAUAACGGUGCUCAUCGAGAGUUCUUCCAUAAAGACGACUCAUCUCAACAGCCAAAUCAUCUACCCUCGGUGCCAGAUCAAGUACAUCUGGAGAAUUCUGGUUUUGGAGGAAUACGAGAAACCAGAGAACUAUCAAAAUGGGAGAUAGAAGAGGAUUCUAACUCCGCUCCAACCUCAACAGCUGUUCCUACUUCAAAUAGUGAAAGUGGAGAAGCCUUUUGGUCUUCGACCCUUUCACGAGUAGCAGCCGUGGCUGCUGCAGCAAUGGCCUGUGCGUCGGUGCCUCCAAGAAACCAUCGAGAUGAACAAACUGACUUUGAAGAAACUUCUCAGCUAGCCAGUGAUGAAGCCAACAAAAUCGACCUGAAAGAACAAUGGAACCGAAGUCAACGUAAACUACACGGAAGAAGAAGCCUCGCAAGCGAAAGCACGGACGUUGCGGUUCCCAAAAGACAGCCUCAGAUACCAUUCGUUGAUUCUAGUGGUUCACCAUCAGCGAAAAGUGAUACACCCGUAUCUCUUUCGACAGUUUACCCACCUAUUCAAUUGCCCCAAAUUCAGAAUGGCUCAUGGACCAGCACAAGUGAUAUGAACAUUCAAUGGUCUGCCAAUACCUCAAAUGAUCCUUUAAAGAAUGGGAGUAGUUCCAUGAAUUCCCAAUGGCAAUCUGAUUCUAGUGAUCCAACUCAACGAUUCUAUGGAGACAAUCAGUUCGUGAAACCUUUCUCGUAUUCAAGUAAUGAGGUAUUUCGUUCACUUGGUAUUAGCUCCAACCUCUCUGAAGAUGCUCUUUACGUAAUGUCGGCUUCAAAACAAAAUCCUGGCGAUGGAUUCCCCCAAUUUCCCACUUCAACCAAUACCCCAAUCAAGUCUGAACUCCAACCUGAAUACUCUCAAGUUCAUCAAUAUUUGGACCCUUGCCAGAGACGUUAUCCUGAUCCGACUGAUUGGUCCCAAAAGCGACUACCACCCCCUUCCAGCUAUGAACCAGAUUUUAGAGAACGGAAGCCACUUACUGAAAUGGGACUCCCUCUAACCCCACAUCUGCCAGCGGCUAAUUCAACUCCCUGUGACUAUUUUCUUGAGUCCAGACAACGACGAGACUCUUAUGCAGCAUCUAUAACUCCACCAAGGGGAGAAUUCUCACCCAUACCAAACUACUUCAGUCUGUUUUCCAGUGGAGGAAAAGAAGGAGACUCGCAUUUUGGACCACCCCCUAUGCUUUAUCCAUCGGUCAUGGAACCUGGAAACUCGGGUCCUUUUGGUCAAUCAUCUGGAGGUUCGCAAUUGUCAAAUCCACCAAAUCGGAUGGAACUACAACAACAGCAACAACAACAAUUUUGCCUCGUUUGUGGUGAUAAUGCUGCCUGUCAACAUUAUGGAGUAAGAACAUGCGAAGGUUGUAAAGGUUUCUUCAAGCGAACGAUUCAGAAGAACGCUCACUACGUAUGUCUGCAAACUAAAAAUUGCAUCGUUGAUAAACGCAGAAGAAACCGUUGUCAAUAUUGUCGUUUCCAAAAAUGCCUCAAAGUUGGAAUGGUCAAAGAGGUGGUUCGACGUGAUAGUUUGAAAGGGAGACGAGGUCGACUGUCUGCCAAAGCGAGAUGUCCAAUCGAGGGCGAAGGUGGUGGUGGUGGUGGAGCAGACAAUGCCCACAAAGGGUUCGCAAUGAAUGUGGCUGGUGGUCAUGGGGCAGGGUUUGUGCUUUCCGGAGACAAGGGAGCCCACGCGGGUGUUCUCUCUGUCGGUUAUGGUAAUGGCAGUGGACCUGCUGGUACCACAAGUAGCAGCGCCAGUUGUAUGACGCUUCUCUCAAUGCUCACAAAGGCAUAUGAAACUGUUGAUUGCACUCUUGAGGCAGCUCAUCUUUUUAAACACCCACCGGGAUCGAACUACCUUGCCAAAGAUCGUGACCAACAGGGAUUUGAAAAGGAUGAAGAUGCUCUCAUUCAGAUGGCAAUUAAGAACCUUGGAGAAUCCGUUGAGGUUAUCCGACAAUACGCCGAAUUAGUACCCGGAUUUUCUUCCCUCACUGAAGCUGAUCGGGAAAAGAUUAUCCUACUACACUCUGCAGACCUGAUCACCUUCCGUAUGGCAUUUAGGACGGCCAAAGCAGCUGCAGAGCGAGCCCAGUUAAAUCUCUUCCAUCCAAAUAGCACUCAAUCAAGUCCCUAUUUCAGGCCUCCCAUUCCCACAGACACGCCUAGAAUACCGCAACAGUCAAAUAUAUCGGCACCUCAACAAACAGGCCCACCUUUCCCCGGUGGCAUUGUUGAAUGGCAUUCUCAANAAACCCACUAA